UACACACCCCACUGUGAUCUCGCCUCCACUUGGACAUUAGACUAGACCUGUGAUAGUUAAACCUGUUAAUUAGUGGCUCUGUGGAAAGAAAAGCUCACACAAGCGAGGCAAUUAUAGAAAAAAUAGUGUUAAUAAAUCUCAGUCAUUCGGCUAGCUGCGUCGAUCGUCAAUUUCUCGUAAACAUAAUAUCGAAAACUAAGCAGUCGGCGUGGGCGUGGAGGCACAGCGGCGGCGGGCGGCGUGAGGGUAUGGUGAAUGCCCCCCGCUGGUGACGUGCCCUCCCCCCCCUCCCCUCCCGCCAUGAUGGACCGUGGCACCGUGCAUGUGUCGGCGCCCUCCCUGCACGCCCACGCCCACAUGACGGCCCUGACAGCGCCCUCGCUGCCCCAGCGCUCGCCCUUCGCGAUCCAGGAGCUGCUGGGCCUCGGCUCACAGUCGGACUCCCCGCCCGCGCCGCCCGCGUCCUCGUCCUUCGGCGCCGGGGGGUCCCUGGGGGCGGCGCCCCACUUGCUCUACUCCCGCCACGCCGCCCUCGCCGCCCACCAGCAGCACUCCCUGUUCCCCGACUCCCGACAUGUGUGGAUGAAUCACGCCCUUUUGCCCGGCAUGGGCAUGGGCGGCCUGGGGGCGCCUGUCACGCCCGUCACCGUCAGUAGCGGGAUGCCCUCCAUGCUGGGGCUCAGACACGACGCCCACGCGCCCCCGCCCGACGCCCACAGUCCAGGCUUGGAUUCGUCAGACUCUAUGAGCAAACCUUACGACGGACAAAACAUCAGCCUCGGGAAGAAGAAAAAGAAGAAACGAAGACAUAGCCGGACCAUCUUCACUUCCUUCCAGCUGGAGGAGCUGGAGAAGGCGUUCAAGGAGUCCCACUAUCCGGACGUCUACGCGAGAGAAAUGCUGUCCCUCAAGACCGACCUUCCCGAAGACCGGAUACAGGUGUGGUUCCAGAACCGGCGGGCGAAGUGGCGGAAGACGGAGAAGACGUGGGGCAAGAGCACCAUCAUGGCGGAGUACGGCCUCUACGGCGCCAUGGUCAGGCACUCGCUCCCGCUGCCGGAGACCAUCGUCAAGUCGGUGGAUGCGGGGGAGGAGUGCCCCGCGCCCUGGCUGCUAGGUAUGCACCGAAAGAGCUUGGAGGCCGCUCAGCAGCUGCAAGAGUCAGAGGCCGACGGCGAGGCCAGCGACGGCCGAGAGGACCCCCAGCAGCAGCAACAGCCUCAGCAACAACAGCAGCCCUCAGGAGAACCGCAGAGUGAACAGCAAGAGCAACAGAAGCGACAGCAGCAGGCGCUGUCCAGCGACCACCACCACGGGGAGGCAGAGAGCGGAGGUUUCCCCCGGGAACACCCCCACUUCCCCAUGGAGAAGGAGGUGGGCGGAGCAACGACCUACAACCCCACACGCCCUGAGCCCACCACCAGCCUGCACGCGGCGCCCUCGGCCUCCCAGCCCACCCCCGCCCCUCUCUCCGAUGACCUGCGCUCCUCCAGCAUUGCGGUCCUCCGGCAGAAGGCGCAGGAGCACGCCGCCAGGAUGAGCCUCAACAACAACAUGGCGGGGCUGCACCACCCGGAGCCGCUCCAUCACCACCACCUCGGCCACUUCUGAUCCCGCACGCCCGCAGGGCCGCCCACGCCCGACGCAACGCCGCCGCCAGGAGCACCCACACCCCCUUCGCCACCUUCGGGAACCUUUAUGACACUACGAACGCCUUCAGGAGACCCCGCUGACGCCGGCUCUGAGCCCGACGGAAGGACCCAGGCCACAGCGAGUCUCCGGCCGCACCAACGCUAAUUCAGGACACCUGCGCGAAGAGAACGAACGAAGCCACGGAGGACGGCCGUUGCCCCGAGGCACGCUCUGGGGCUCCUAUCCGAAAGAAACCUCCCGAGGCAGCGUCAGAAGCGUCUGUCCCUCUCGUCACGAACACUGAUCCCAUAAUCACGGACCAUUGGCUUAAGCUAAAACUAGCCCUUUGUACACCGUAAAGGAAAAAGAAUAGGAAUUGAUGCCAGCAUGCUUAAAGCAUUGCUACCAUUCUGAGCCACACAGUUUUAAAACGGAUGCAGAUAGCAAAAUUAUGCUAACUGUAGUGCCAGCUAAAAGUCCCUAACGGUAACACAAACACAAGGAUAUUUCUUGGGUUUAAGUUUAUUUUUUUCCUCAUCGACCAUUAUUUACCUAUUAUAGUUUCUGCCAUAAUCAUCUUCCCAAUCAUCACCA